CUAAUCAUAUGAAUUAAUCGAUCACACUUUGUUCUGGUACGGUAAUUAGUCUACCACGUGCAAUAAACAGUAUAGAUCAAAUUAUAUUUUGAAUAAAGUGAACAAUGCAGUAAAAUCAUAAAUGACUGAAGAUUUUAGUCGGCGGUUCCCAGGUUUGGUGACGUCACGAUUCGUCGUCUGGCAGAACCCAGGUGUUUUGGAGAUUGGGUAUAAAAAUCGAGAAUAUUUGGAUGAAGUUUCAUUAUCACGUACUCGAGAGAAAGAAACCGAAGGCUUUCACGAUUCAUUGUCAUUUCUAGCAUAAGACCUGUUUGUCAACAGUUUUGAAGGAUGUUUCCAUGGACUUUAUUAGUUUGUAGUGUAACUUUGUUCCACGAUGCCGUUAGUUUUGUUCCUUUUAAUAAGAGAAGUCAACAAUACAGCACUGAUAGUUUACAAUAUACGCCCAUGCAAAUAGACUGUAUAGACAUGAGAAGUGUCCCGGGUGAUUAUUAUUAUGAAUCAGAAGAGAAAUAUGAGGUCUGUGGUUUCUAUAUUAUUGCGGAGGCAGAUCGUCUUGUAGAAAUAGAAAUAACAGAAAUUAAUGUAAAUUGUGACGAAGACAAUGCUUUAGCGUUAGUGGAUGGUUGGGAGUUACAAGGUGAAUAUUUUCCAAGUCCAUUUGAUCACAAACGUCCAUUAGAAGAAAGAUAUCAGACAUUGUGUGGAAAUAGUAAACCACACAAGAAAUAUAUCUCGUCACAGAAUGUAGCCUUAAUUCAAUUCCUCAUACCUUCCCCGGGUCAAAGUUUUAAAGUGAAAGUCAGAUUUAUCCCUAACUCAAGACCCUGUAAUGUGGUCGCUACUAUGGAAUUUGGUAUUUUAACUUUGAAGAACUAUGGUGAAAGAGCUAACUGUUCUAUAUCUAUCAUCUAUCCAGAGAAAAUUUACUUAGUAGAUGUAGAUGUAGGUGUUUCAUCAGAACAACCAUCUGUUAAACCCACUUCAGGUCUCUCAGUACAGUGUAGUGCUAAUGGUAAACCUGACUAUGUUGAGUUGUUAUAUGGAGAUGGUCUAGACACAGACCUUAUGGGAAGGAAAAUGGCUUUCUGUGGACUACGAGCUACAGCAGCAAAACGUGGAAUACCCAUGGGAUGCCAACACUCGGUUGUUCGCUUGGUCUCAAGUGGUAGCUUCUACAAUUCAAUUACUUUCUCAUUCCAAGCAAUGACACCAGAUGAGAUCUAUGCCAGUACAGACAUCUGCUAAGACCCGAGUGUUGUAGUUCAUCAAUAGUUCCUGUAAUAUGCGGGGUGGACUAAUUGGCCUGGAAAUAGCUAAUGACAAUUAUUAUAAAUUAGAUGGUCAUAUUGUAUGAAAAUAUGAGUUAUAUGAUCUGUCCUACUACUCCUUUAUAUAAACUUAUUUU